AUGUGGGGCCCCACCCUGUACACGCGACUGCCACCCACCCUGCGGCAGCUGUCUCUCUUUGCCUUUCCUGGCUUGAGAGUCUUCAUUCCUCUGCCCUUCCCUGCAAGGUCGCACCCUUUAUCCUUGUGCACUGGCACACAGCCUGGAUUUUUCGAGGCCUUAUUCUCGCUGCAUAAAGGCGAGGAGGCACCUCUUUCCAGGAGAACGGGCGCUGGCGCUGGAGAGCUGCCGACAGUCGACGCCUUGAGGGCUGAGUUCGGAGAGUUUCGAGAGCGCGCAAUCGAAGCGCCUCCUUUGCUCUUGCAGCACAAGGAAGAGUUCAAAAAAGGUCUAGUGAAGGUGGAUGAAGGAGUAUUCGUGGCACUGGGAUUUGGACUGGCAAACUGCAUUAUUCUGGAAGGGACCGAAGGUGUUGUUGUCGUUGAUACUAUGGAAAGCACCGAGACCAUGAGCGAAGUCUGGAAAGCAUGGACUGAUUAUAAUCAGGGGCAGGGGAAGCAGCAUGUAAAGGGCAUCAUCUAUACCCACUUCCAUACAGAUCACACGUUUGGUGCUGCUGCGAUUUAUGAGGAAGGCAUCACAGAAGUGCAUGCGCAUGUGCUUACAAAGAUCGAGAUGGAGAAGGUACUGACGGUAACUGCGGGAACUACGUACAGGAGGGGCAUGCGGCAGUUCGGGGUGUACAUACACUCCAAUGAUUUCGUGCAUGCAGGUAUUGGGCCCGCUCUGCGGUACAGCAAAGGGUCAGGCAUAGGCACUGUGCUGCCAACACACUUAAUGAGAGGGAAGCGCAAGACGGUUCGGCUAGCCGGCCUUGAGAUGGAGCUGAUCCAUGCACCUGGGGAAAGCAGAGAUCAGGUGAUCGUGUGGAUUCAAAAGAAACGGUUGCUGAUCGGGGCAGACAAUCUCUACAAGUCUCUUCCCAACAUCUACGCCAUUCGAGGAACGGAGACAAGAGACUGCAACGAUUGGGUGGCUUCGCUUGAUUUCAUGAGGUCUCUGCGCCCGGAAGUCUUGCUGCUAGGGCACACAAGGCCCCUGCGAGGCGAGGCGCAUAUCUACGCGACGCUCACUGCAUACAGAGAUGCGAUUCAGUACAUCCACGACCAGACGGUUCGCUUGAUGAAUAAGGGGAUGACGCUGAACGACAUUGCACAAACUGUGCAGCUACCAAGGCAUCUGAGAGAGGAUCCCUUCUUGCAGCCUCUGUAUGGAACGGUCCCAUGGGCAGUACGGGCCGUCUUCACGCAUUAUAUGGGUUGGUUUAGCGGAGCCGCCGAGGAGCUCACUCAGCUGUCAACCGACGAGAAAGCGGAAGGCCUCGUUAGCCUUGCCGGAGGAUUUAAGGCUUUGCUGCAAAAGGGGCUAGAUGCAUUGAGCGAACGCAGAUUUCAGUGGGCUCUUGAGAUUGCCACAGCUGCACAUACACUUCAACCACAGAGCGAAUUCGCAAGGGAACUAAGAGUUAUCGCUCUAAGAGCCCUCGCCUCCGUGCAGACUGCCGCGCCGGCAAGGAACUGGUACCUCACCGCUGCCCUUGAAGUUGAGGGAUCCACCCGUCUGAUGCUAAGCGAGAGUCAAAAGAGCCAAGUGUUGCAGCGGCUCUCAGUGGGACAAAUAUUCUCGCUCCUUCCUGUACGAGUGAAUCCUGAAGCUGCGGAGGCUCUGAAUGCGGUUAUUCUGUUUAGAUUCGAGUCAGAGGAGCAAUUGCAGUGUGUACACAUCAGAAGGGGUGUUGUGUACACCCGAAAUACAUGCGAGAGGGAACCGGACAUUGUGGUCCGCACGACUGCCGCUGCUUGGUUACGAAUCCUUACAAGAGAGACAGGGCCUGUGGCUGCUGCAGCACGCGGCGACAUAAUCCUGAAGGGCUCCCUCAUGCUUCUAGUGCGAUCGCUUGCUGCAAUUGAAUUAGAUGUAGAUUAG